CGGUUAAAAAUUAUGCAAUCAAUCACAAGUGUAAUUUUCAUUGUUGCCUAUUGCUGUGCUUUUGUAGUGGCACAUAGUGUACCAGAAAGAAAUGUAAUUGAAAAUGGGAGCCACAAAGCACUCAUUGUGCAGCAGAAUUUCAAAAAAGGAUCACAGGGCUUAUUAUUAUUUAUAUUUGCUCAAAUUGAAGCCCAAAUACAAAAGGAAUGUGGAAACAUUGUUAUUUUCAUUGAAAGGUUUUUAUGUGCCGAACCUAUUUUAGUAUCACAAAUAUUUGCAAAUGUAUUGGCCAUUUUUUAUGAAUAUAAUACAUUCGAUAAUCGUGCAACAACAGAUUGUGCAGCGGAAUUUCGGAAAAAAAUUCCAGCAAUAUUUACAAAAAUUGUAGACAGAAUAGAAAAAGAAUGCGGAAACAUUUCGCUUCUUCUUGGCAAAUUAUCAUGUGCAAAACCAAUUUUGGUAUCAGAAAUAUUGUCCAAUGUAUUAACCAUAUUUGAUGAUUGUGUAGGAAACUUUAUCAAAUAA